GAGAGUGAGUGAGAAUGGAGAAAUGAAACCAACACUUAGAGAAACACAUACACCUCAUAUAUAUAGUUUCGUGUAAUACAAACAAGAGGUUACGUGAGACACAAGCGACAAGACAAGAAGAUAUGCUUGAGACCGGAGCGAUAUGGGGAUUAACAGGCACGACAGUGACGAGCUUUAUGUUCUUUUGGGCGAUGUACAAACAAUACGUUCCUCAACAUUUCCGAGUCUACGUGGAGAAGUACUUCCACAAGAUGAUUGGAUGGAUCUCUUAUUACGUUGACAUCAAAUUCACUGAGUAUACAGAAGAAGGUCUCAAGAGAAGCCAAGCCUACGACUCCAUACGAAACUACUUAGCCUCAAAGUCAACGGCUCUUGCGAGGAAAUUAAAGGCCAACGAGACGAAAAAUAGCAAAUCUUUGGUCUUUAGUAUGGAUGAUCAUGAGGAAAUUGAAGAUGAGUUUGAAGGUGUUAAGGUGAAGUGGUAUUCUAAUGUGAAAGUGAGUCAACCUCAACAUAGUUAUGGUCGAAGCAUCUCAGACGAGAGAAGAUACUUUACGCUUACUUUCCAUAGGAGACACCGAGGUAUGAUCAUCGAGACUUAUCUUGAUCAUGUUUUGAGAGAAGGCAAAGAUAUUGGGCUGAAGAAGAGAGAGAGGAAGCUUUACACUAAUAACUCGAGUCGAGAAUGGUAUCCUUGGAGUGCAGGAAAGUGGAGUAACGUUCCUUUUCAUCACCCGGCUACGUUUGAAACUUUGGCUAUGGAUCCUGUCAAGAAAGAAGGGAUCAAGAAAGACUUGAUCAAGUUUAGCAAAGGGAAAGAUUAUUACAAUAAGGUUGGGAAGCCAUGGAAGCGAGGUUAUCUCUUGUUUGGCCCGCCCGGGACAGGGAAAUCUACGAUGAUAGCUGCUAUAGCGAAUUUCUUGGACUAUGAUGUUUAUGAUCUUGAGCUGACGACUGUGAAGGAUAACUCAGAGCUGAAGAAGUUGUUGCUGGAUACAACAGGUAAGUCUAUCAUUGUGAUUGAAGAUAUUGAUUGCUCUCUUGAACUUACGGGGCAGCGAAAGAAGAAAAAAGACGAUGAUGAAGAAGAUGAUGAAGAGAAGAAGAAGAAGAAGGAAGAAGAGAAGAAACCAAACGUGGAAGAAAAGCAAAGCAAGGUUACUUUGUCAGGGUUACUAAACUCUAUUGAUGGGUUAUGGUCAGCUUGUAGUGGUGAGAAGAUAAUAGUGUUCACAACUAAUUUUGUGGAUAAGCUUGAUCCAGCAUUGAUACGUAGAGGAAGAAUGGACAACCAUAUUGAGAUGUCUUAUUGCAAGUUUGAAGCAUUUAAGGUUUUGGCUAAGAACUACUUAGAGAUUGAAACACAUGAUUUGUAUGAAGAAAUCGAGAGGAAACUCGAAGAAACCGAUAUGUCUCCAGCGGAUGUUGCUGAGACUUUGAUGCCCAAAUCUGAUGAAGAAGAUGCAGAUAUUUGCAUCAAGCGCUUGGUAAAGACUUUGGAGGAAGAGAAGGACAAAGCAAAGAAGUUGGCUGAGGAAGAAGAGAAGGAGAAAGCAGAGAAGGAAGUGAAAAAGAAGAAGAAAGCAGAGGAAGCAGAGAAGAAGAAGAAAGAAGAGGAAGAAGAGAAGGAGAAGAAAGCAGAGAAGGAAGCAGAGGAGAAGAAGAAGACAGAGGAAGAAGAGAAGAAUGAGAAAGUGAAAGGCAAGGAGCAAAACGGUGACGUUUCUAAGACAAAUGGUUGCAACUGUCUAAAAUGAUAUGAACAAAAAAAAGUGAGGCCUUGAUGAAUUUAGUUCAUUGUGUAAGAUUGAAUACUUUGGCAAGGUAUUUCUAAAUAAAAUUUAAAUGCAAAAGUAAGUUAAGUAUAA